AUGGCACCCAGUCCGAAAGCCAUUCCAAAUACAGGUCCCAGCUACCAAGACCACCACUUCCGCUCGAACGUCAACCUGGGCCCCAGAAUAACACCCACCAUUCCCGACGGCGGUAAAUGGUCCGUCUACGCAGAAAUCGACAUCCCUACCCCUCCCGUCCACCCUUACAACGCCAUAAUAGACAUCCACGACUGGCGGGAAUGGAACACCUUUACGCCCGACGUACUCGUGACGAAACAUCCACAUCCCCAUUCCAGAACCUUGAAAAUGGAACAGGGAACCUUCAUGACCUUCACGGUCCAAAUGACACGCGAAGAACGCCAGUCCAGCAAAGAAGUCUGUCGACAUCUCGAACCGUUGAAACAUGUAAAUGACGGCCAUAAGAGCCAUGAGUCUGGGGGCAAUGUUACGAGGAUACGAUGGUGCUUGGAUAAUGCGAAUUUGCUGGCCCCGUCGUUCAUACUGAAGACGGAACGCGUCAACGAGAUUGAGGAAUCGCAAGACGGCAAGACGUGCAAAUACAGAACGUGGAUUACGUUUAGUGGGCUGGGAGCCAAUUCGAUGAAGAAGAAAUUCGGAGAAGCUUUACAGGCGCGAGUGGUGGACUAUUGUGAGGAUCUGAAGGAGAGGAGUAUCAAGUUGCAGAAAGAGGAGCAGGCAAAGCGAAAGGGUAAUACUGGUGGAGUGAAUGGAAAUGCUGCAGGAGCGAAUGGCGUGUCUUAA